AUGAUGAAGCAAAGAAGAUAUCUGUCAUUCUGUUGGGCCUCUCUGGCAGUGGGAAGUCUUCUGCUCUAAACCUAAUUCUAAACAGGGCUGGUAAUCAGUACUCAGUCAAUGGGAACAAUAACGAACCAGCCCCAACUGUGUCUUGUGAAAGAAAGGAAGUGUUUGCAGCAGGAAAGCGGCUCAUCCUGGUGGACACCCCUGAGCUGUGGGAUGAAGAUGGGCUGGAGUACACAGAGAUGUUGAAAGACUGCCUGGCUUUGGCUUUACCAGGACCGCAUAUCUUUCUGCUUGUGCUCCAGGUGGGACGUUUCACCCAGGGAGAGUGUGAGAUACUCACACACAUGCAGAGGAUCUUUGGACGAGAGGUUGUGGAGCACACAAUUAUCCUUUUUGUCCAUGUUGAUGGAAACCAGUUCAGGCCUCAGAAGAUCAAUGACUAUGUCGCUGGAGCUCAUUCAACGCUGCAGGAUCUCGUCCAGAAGUUUGGAAGUCGUUAUUUUGAGCUGAGUGUCACAAAGCCAGAGAGUGUUUUGAGCUAUCCUCAGGUGAAAGAGCUGCUUUCAGGAAUCUACAAACUGGUUGCCUCACAUGGAGGUCGCUCCUACUCAGUGAAAAGAUUUUCUCUUCAAGAGCUGCAGGAAAGAAAAAACGUGAUAGUACAGGGGAAAGAAGGUGCAUUGGAAGGUAAUUACUUACUGAGAGGUGAUUAAUGUCUUUUAUUUAGUGCAUAAAGCAGAGCACUGUAUGUAAAAUAUUGUAAUGCUAAUAGGUGAGGGCUGUUAAUUCAGCUUUAAUGAGCUGCUAAUGCAUGAAAAAUUUAAUUGUUUUCAGUUACCUUUCAGAUUUAUUACAUUCAUACAGAAGCACUUAAGGUUUUAAGGCACUUUUUAGAAGCUGGUUAACCUGCAAAAACAUUGUAUCUUUAAAUGAGAGAAUUUAAUCAAAUCUCAACUUUUUUAAUGCUGAGAAUACAAUCAUGUAAUACUAGUUAGAAAAUUCUGAUUUGUUCUGAACUUUCAAAUAAAAAUGUGGUGGUGGGUGGGUGUGUGUGUGGAGGACUUUCCAGCCUAAAUAAAUCACAGCAGCACAUAUCAGGAAUAACUGAUAUGUUUAUCUGCACAAAGCCAAGAAGGGAGGAAAAGGAAAAAGUACAGCUGUUCAUUUGAUUUAUUUCUGGACUUCUCUAUUUGGAUGAACACUGCCAAGUUUAUGACUUUAUCUUGUUCAUAUCAUGAAUACUGAAGAACUGCUUCCACAGAGACCAUUUAUCAAUCAGUGAUACCACUGAAGAAGAGGAGCGAGAUUGCGGCAAAACUAUUCAAAUUUCAUAAUAAUAAUAAUAUUUUUUUUUACUUUAUUCUAUCCAGGUCUAAAAAUGUUUUACAGCUUUAUAAUUUUACAAUUGUAUAGAUAAAAUGUUUUUCCUUUUUUUUUUAUUAUUAUUAUUAUUAUUUUUUU